AUGGUCAAGAGAGGAUUGAUCGCGUUGGAUUCAAGAAAAGAAUCCGAAGAAAAGAGGAACUACUGUAAGUUCCACAAUGAGGUGGGGCAUGAAAUCCAAGAGUGUGUGGAGUUCAGGGCCCUCGUGCAAGACAUGAUAAACAAUAAAGAGAUGGAGUUUUAUGAAGAAGCUAAAAACCCCGGAGAGGGAGAUAUAUGCGCAUCAGAGGGAGAAUCGAUGACACAGAAUCAAGCAGUUAACUACCCCGUGGUCAUCAUAUCGCGACCCAAAAAUAAUGAAGCUGGAGUGCGAAUGCCACCAAGGGUCAUAAUCCAAAGACCUGCAAUCUUCCCCUAUAAAGACAGUAAAAGGGUCCCAUGGAAUUAUGAUUGCAACGUGACGAUUCCGGGAAAGGAAAGCCCGCGGGAAACGUUACGAUACAACAAGCGAAAAGGCACAACCCAUAAAAGGAAAAGCCCCAGUGGUCGAAGAGAUGCAGGAAAAGCGACCAAGUCUGAACUUCCUGUCAAUGAGCCAGUUAACGAGGAGGAGGCUAAGGAGUUUCUAAAAUUCCUGAAGCACAAUGAGUACAGCGUGGUGGAACAGCUACGUAAGCAACCAGCUCGCAUCUCAGUAUUAGCUUUACUCCUGAGUUCGAAAGUCCACCGCAUCGCGCUGAAGAAGGUCUUGAAUGAAACAUAUGUUGCUAAUGAUAUCUCCAUCAAUAAGCUGGACCGCUUGGUUAGCAAUAUAAGUACCGGCAACUGUAUCUUUUUUAAUGACGACGAGAUACCACCUGGUGGCAUGGGGGCGACUAAAGCUUUGCACAUCACCACGCAUUGUAAAGGGUAUACGUUGCCAAGCGUACUGAUUGACAACGAAUCGGCCUUGAACGUCCUGCCGUUGACCACGCUAAACAGGUUACCUAUAGGCAACUCUCAUAUGAAGGAGUGCCAGAACAUAGUGAAAGUAUUCGAUGGCACGGAGAGAAAGGUGAUGGGCAAAAUCGAGGGGUGUAACUUGGACGACGGUGGGGCGGUGCUGCAGGCAUCGGUGGUGGAUGGGACAGGGUUGAAACUGGUUUCAGAUGGGUGGUUGAUAACGAUCAAUGCUGAAGAGGAUAUCAUUGCAACUGUAAGCAAUAAUGCGCCCUAUUUGGAGACAGAUGACGAAGCAACCAAAUGUUCAUUUCGGUCUCUGGAAUUCAUUAAUGCGACGUUCAUCACCGAGGGAAGCAAGAUUCUUAUGCCAAAAUUGUCUAAAACUACGAGGAUGAGUCUACGGUUGAUGGUUGAAAAAGGGGCCUUACCCGGAAGAGGACUUGGGAGACAUCUCCAAGGAAUGGUUGAAACUCCAGUACUGAAGGACAAGAGAGACCGCUUCGGCUUAGGAUUUAAGCCGGAUGCGAGACAAAGGAGAAGGGAGCUGGAAAAGUAG